AUGACAGUAAAUGAUACAUCAAAAUUAAUUUACAUCACUGGACCUCAAUAUCAAAAUGAAUAUUUUUGGUUAAAUAAUCAAAUAUUUGAAUCAUUAGAUUCAGAUUAUAUUGCCCUCAAGGUUACUCAACUAUUAAAGAAAAGGUACAACGAUAUAUCUCCAUCAUUUAAAUCUUUAGUAAAUAAUCCAGAAUCAACUUCAAAAAUUUUAAAAAUGAUAAUUAGAAAAGAAGUUUCAGAUAGAAUAAAAUUAUUAAAUAAUAUUCAAAAUAAUAAUAAUAAUAAUAAUAAUAAUAAUAAUGAUAAUAAUAAUAAUGAUAAUAAUAAUAAUAAUGAAAGUGAAGAUAAUUCAAAUUAUAUAAUUAAAUGUAAUUGUGAACUUUGCACAGUUGGCCCAUUAUCAGAAAUUAUAAAUAAAAAAAUACCGAGCUGGUUAGAUAGAUUGAAAAUAGUAUUAUCAAUAGUUGAAAAGUUAAAAUAUUUCAAGGCUCAAUUCCAACAAUCAUUUAUUCACACAUCUUUUAUCAACAUAUUUACCUAUUCUCAUAUGGAGUUAUUAAAUAUUGAUCCAACCACCACAGAAACUGAAAUUAAAAAAAUUAUAAAUGAUACUCUAUCUGGUCAUCCAAAAUAUUUUCAAACUGGUCUCCCAGUAUUUCAACAAAGAGGUUAUUGGAAACUAAAUUCAUCUGAUAUUGAUUUAAUAAACUAUUCAAAUAGUAGAAACAACAACAACAGUGAUGCUGAGGAUAGAAAUGAAUCCACCAAUGACCAAGAUAAAGAUAAAGAAAAUGAGAAUCUAGUAAAUGAAGAAAAUAAAGAAAAAAUAAAAGAAGACAAUCAAGAAAUUGAAAUGGAAGAAAACAAAAAUGAAAAAGAGUUGGAAAUUAAAAAAGAUAUAAAACUUGAUUUGGAAAUUUUAAAAGAUUCUUAUAUUUUAAAAUAUUGUGAACUUUCAAUAAAAGAUUGGGAUCAAUUUAUUGAGUGCCAAAAUGUUCCAGAGAAUUUAUUUUCUUUUAAAGAAAUGGAUUGUACACCAACUAUUAAAUUACCAGAAGUUAUUAUUAAUGGUGAAAAAGGUCAAGGUCAAGAUCAAGAAAAUGGAAAAGAAAUAGAAAAUGAAAAAGAAAAAGAAAAUGAAAAUGAAAAUAAAAAUAAAAAUAAAAAUGAAAAUGAAAAUAAAAAUGAAAAUGAAAUUGAAAAUGAAAAUGAAAAUAAGAAAGAAAAGCACCAUACAAAUCUACCUACUUCAUCAACAUCACCCUUACAUUCACCAAGAAAUCUAAUUCAAUUGCCUUCACUUCAACUACAAAUACCUUUACUCCAAAUCCCAAUUAGACAAUCCUCACCUACUCCACCACCACCUUUAUUAUUAUUAUCACCAAAACAACAACUACAACAACAACAACAACAACAACAACAACAACAACAACAACAACAACAACAACAACAACAACAACAACAACAACAACAACAACAACAACAACAAUCACAACAAUCACAACAAUCACAACAACAACAACAAUCACAACAAUCAACAGAAUCAUUGGAAAUGCCAAUACCAAUUAGAAUGCCAACACCAAUUAGAAUUCCAACACCAACACCUAGUAGGACACCAACACCAACUCUUUCAAAAUAUACAACCCCAACUCAAUUGACUGAGGAGAAUGGUGAAUUUGAUGAAGACUUUGAUGAUUCAAAUUCACAAAACCUUGGUCCAACAGUGUGGAGUACAGAUUUAUCAUCUGUAUUUUUACAACUUUCCCUACUCCAAAGUUGGGCACCUAUGUUGGAUAAAUUACCUAUACUAUCUAAAAAUAAUAUUUGGAAAACAUGUUGUUAUUUUGAGAAUUUUAUAAACUAUAGCAGAGUUUCAUUCUCUACUACUCUUUAUGAAUGGUUAAAGAAUCCAAUUCCAAAUAUUUCUCACAUCAUUAUUUUAUUUUCAGCAAUUGGUUAUUUAAAAGAGUUGGGUUAUUUAUCAGCAGAAUUAAACUAUCCAGAUUCAACAACUAGUGUUUUUAGACAAAUAAUUAGAGAUAGAUCUUUACCACCUUUAACAAAUAAUUCUUCACCAAUUUCUUCACCAUAUAAUUAUCAAGAAGAUCAAAAUGAAGAUGAAAAUAUUCAAACUAAUCAAAUUAAUCAAAAUGUUACCACUGCCAUAACACCACCAACUACAGCAACACCACCACCAACUACAACAACAACAACAACAAACAAUAAUAAUAAUUUUAAUAAUAAUCCAAUUGUAGAAAUUCAACAAACAUUAAAAUCUCAAAUUACUCCACAAAUACUUCAACAACAAAAAGAAAUUAUUGAAGAUAAAACUCCAUCCCUUUUAUCACAAUUAACAAAUCAACUUAAAAAAGAACCAAAGCCACCAAAACCACAAAAAGAAUCAAAAGAAUCAAAAGAAUCAAAAGAAUCAAAAGAAUCAAAACCACAAAAACCACAAAAACAAGCCAAACCACCAAAAGAACCAAAACCUCCAAAAUUACCAAAACAACCCAAAAUAUCAAAAAAGCAACAAAAACAAAUGGAACAAAUUCAACAUUACCAAAAUCAACAAAGAAUUCAACAUCAACAAAUUUUACAACAGCAACAACAACAACAACAAUUAUUUGAACAGUCAUCACAAAUAUUACCUUCACCAAUUUCUUAUCUUUCAACACCAACUAGUAGUGUUUAUAAUAGUUAUAACUCAUCAAAUAAUAAUAAUAAUAAUAAUUAUAAUAGUAGUAGCGGUAAUAGUAACACUCAUUCAUAUAAUCAUAAUAUUAGCAACAAUAAUGAUUAUAAUAAUAAUAAUAACAAUAAUUCAAAUAAUUUCAAUAUUUAUAAUAACAACAGUAAUAAUUAUAAUGCCAGUCACUUCCAACAUAAUAACAUCAAUAACAACAAUAGCUAUAAUAAUAAUAAUAAUAAUAAUAAUAAUAAUAAUAAUAAUAAUAAUAAUAAUAAUAAUAAUAAUAAUAUAUAUAAUAAUAAUAACAAGGAAAUGUAUAGCAAUGGAAAUUCAAAUAUUGGUGUUUCAGAUAGAUAUCAACAAUCUUCUUUAGUUCCUCCAUCAUUUUUACAACAUCAACAGCAACAUAAUCAACAUAAUAUUAAUAAACAAUUACCAUCUUUAUUCAACUAUUUACCAUAUAAUAGCAACAACAACAAUAACAAUAACAACAACAAUAUUAAUAAUAAUAAUAGCCAUGGUAUUAAUACCAAUGGAAAUAACCAUCACUUUAUAGAAAAUAGUUAUAAUAGUGGUUACAAUAGUGAUAACUCAAAUCCACCUUCUCCAGCAGCUUUCAAAAGUAAUAAUUUUGAAAAUAGUAAUAACAAUAAUACAGGAAUUAAUAUAACAAGUGAACAUAUAAAAUAUUUAGAAAAUCUCAGUAACAACACAAAUAAAAGACAUUUCAACCAAGACAAUAUCAAUAUUAAUAAUAAUUCCAAUAAUAAUUCCAAUAAUAAUUCCAAUAAUUUUAAUUUUAAUAAUAUUAAUAAUAUUAAUAAUUACAAUAAUAAUUACAAUAAUUUUAAUAAUAAUAAUAAUAAUUAUAAUAAUAAUAAUAAUAAUAAUAAUAAUAAUAAUAAUAAUAAUAAUAAUAAUAAUAAUAAUAAUAAUAAUAAUAAUAACUAUAUUAAUAAUAGUAAUAUUAAUAAUAAUAAUUAUCAACACAACUAUGAUGAAAUUAUAAAUAGUCAAGAACAUAAAAUUGAAAAGGAUUUACAACCACCAUUAAAGAAAUUACUUUUAAGUGUACUCUCAGAGUUGGAAAACUAG